AUGAAUACUACGCUGGAUUUAAGUACCUCGUCUCAUUUUCCUCCUCCACUUCGUUCCCCCUCUUUUCUCCCUCCUGUCGUUCCCUCCCUCCCCACCCCUCCCCCCACACCCCCUCCUUCCCCCACCCUCUCCCCCACCCCUCCCUCCUCUCUUUUCCCCUCUGACCCUCCUCCCCGCCCUCCUCGUCCACAACAGAAAGCGUGCGCCAAGCGCGGCCGGGUGGUGCGCACGGAUCCCGACGCGACGGACGACUCAUCGGAGGACGAGAGCUGCAGCCCCGCCUCCAAGCGAUGGGUGAAGCCCGCCGCGCCGCAGGUCUUCAUCGCGCACGGCGUCGAUUCGGAGAGCGACAACGAGACGAACGUCACGGCACCGGGAAGCGCAACUACCGCCGUCGCCCCGUGCGGCCUCGCUACUUCUCCGUUCGUCCCUCCGCCUUUCGCGCCGAACUACCCGCCGGCGGGCGGCUUUCCUCCCGCGCACCACCUCGCACGCGCGGGUUACGGCGCCUAUUACGGACACAUGGCCGGCAUGCAGACUCCUGCGAGUCGCCUCUUUCCAGGCCACUCUGCAGCUUCCCCUGUUACUAGCCCUCCCCCAGCCUCCGCAUCUGCCGCCGCCGCCGCCGCAGCGGGUGCGGUAGGCCCCUAUCCGUUCGAUUACCCGCUCAUGCAGUGGGUGGGGAACCCUCACAUGGGAUACCUCCCGGCGCUGCCUUCUCCGCAUGCCACGGGGCAAAUGAUGCCGCCGAUGCCGCCGGGCACGGCGGAGUUCCUGUACAUGCAGUACGCCGCGGCGCAAGGGCAGUGCGGCGCACAGCAGUUUGCGGCGGCGGCGGUGGCGGCGGCCGCCGGCCUGCCGGCUAUCAGUCCAGCCGUCAGCUCUGACGGCAGCGCUGCCGGCGCGGCGGCCAUGCAGGCGAGGCUGCGCGUCGGGAAGGGGAAGAAAGCCGACGCGAAGGAGAAGCAGCAGCGGUACAGGGGGGUGCGCCAGCGCCCGUGGGGGAAAUGGGCGGCGGAGAUUCGCGAUCCCGCGCGCGGGGUGCGCCUGUGGCUGGGGACGUACGACACCGCGGAGGACGCCGCCCGCGCGUACGACGCAGCCGCGCGCGCCAUCCGCGGGGCGGAGGCGCAGACGAACUUCGCGGGGGAAGACUCCGCGGAGGGCAGAACGGGGGACGUUCUCGGUGCAGGGGCUUCCGCGGCUGGCGCAGGCGCGGGUGCGGGCGGAGCUGGCGGAAGGGCGGCGAUUUCUGGUGCAGGCAGUGCUGGUGGCGCUAUACCCGCUGUAGUGCGCACCAAGAAGAACAGCAAGGCGCACAAGUACAUGCAGGGCUAUUGCAGCGAUACUGAGAGGUAUACUGCCUGCGCCCUAUGUGCCUCUGGCUCUCCCCGUGCCUGGCUGUCCCCGUGCCUGGCUGUGUCCGUGCCUGGCAGUCCCCGUGCCUGGCUGUCCCCGUGCCUGGCUGUCCCCGUGCCUGGCUUUCCCCGUGCCUGGCUGUUUUCUCAUCGCCCAUUCCGUCCACAGCCUCUUUUUAAGUUCAUUUUCCCUCCAUUCUUGCUUGAAACUGCUCCUAAGCUGUCCAUUCUCCUGCCCUUCCUUUUCUGCUAUAUAUCUACACCCCGUCUGCGUUACAGCAUUCUCAGCGAAGUGGCUUCGGAAAUCUCAUCCUGUACCAAAUCGUCCUCCUGCAACAACCUCUCCUCCGCGCUUUCAUCUGCCCCUUCAUCUUCCCCCACGUCACCCGAACUCAAGACCACCUCUCCAGCCCCAGCCUCAAUCCUGUCAAUCGAACCCUCCUCCUCCACCCCAUCUAAUGGCUCAGACCUCCUCUUUCUCCUCCCAGAGCCUCUCACUCACUCUGCUUCUGCACCCGAGUUUGUCUCAUGCCACGCUGUCACCACCCCUGCAGCAGCUGCUGUCAAAGCCGAGGAAGCAGACUUUCAGGAAUCAGGCUUGCAGGGAGCAGCAGCAGAAGAGGAGGAAGAGUUUCCAGUGUCUGAGCUUGAUGCGGAGACCUUUUCUUUUGGUCUGGAUGAAGUGUGUGGCAGUGCCGGUGGCGCUGGUGGUGACGCCGGUGCUCCGUUUUGGGACCUCGACGUUCCGCCAUACCUUGAAACGAAUGAGAUUGGCCUGGACAGCAUUCUCUGGUAA